GAGUGGUUCAUCUUUUAUUUAUUCCAUUUAUCCUUCGAUUUUUAACGGAAAUUAAGUAUUAUCUUUGUUUAAUAGUGGAAUAUUUUUAAGAGCUAGAAGUUUUUACCAAUACACGAGAAUGGAAAACCAGGAAUCCGCAACGAACGAAGAGAUUCAAGAUUUUGUUGACUCCCACCCGGAAGAACCGUUGGAGACUUUAGUUGAAGAAGAAGACGAAGGCGACGGUGAUGACGACAACGACGAUGACGAUUGGAUAGAUGAGGACGAAGAGGAAACUGAAGAAGUCGCUGAAAGGAGAGCUCAACUGUACAAGCAAGCCGCCCAAAUAAGAAGAACUCAUCGUAAAACUGAGGAACUUGACUUACCGAGUACUGUGAUGGAAUUAGACGGACCAAACGGGGAGAAAGUUUACCUGGUUGGAACAGCUCACUUCAGCCAUGAAAGCUGUGAUGAUGUCAGAAAGGUUAUAUCUAUGGUACAACCAGAUGCAGUGGUCGUUGAGUUAUGCUCGUCUCGAGUCCAAGUCCUUGCUUAUGAUGAAGAUUAUUUGACCAAAAUAUCAGAAGAAAGCGCGAUGGAACGAUUGUCUAAAUGCAUUAAACAAAAAGGUUUGAUAUCAGGCCUUGUCUUAUACAUGAUGCUCCAGAUGUCAUCUCAUAUAACCAAACAACUAGGAAUGGCUCCUGGGGGGGAAUUUCGAGCUGCUUUAAGCGAAGUAAAACUCGUCCCUGGAUGCCAGUUAUUACUUGGCGAUCGACCGAUAGAAAUAACAAUGCAAAGAAUGUUGGCAUCUCUGUCAAUCUGGCAGAAGAUUAAGUUUGCUUUCCUUCUGUUGCAAGAACUUAAACCAAUCAGUGCUGAAGAUGUGGAGAAAUUGAAAGAACGCGACAUGUUCGAACAGCUCUUAUCAGAGAUGGUGGUAGAAUUUCCACAUAUGGCGAAUGCAUUAGUUGCUGAGAGAGAUAUAUUCCUUACUGGUUACUUGCAGAAGACAAUGAAGAUGGGAGUUACUCUACCUGAUGAUUCCACUCACCCUGCUGUGAUAGUUGGUGUGGUAGGUAUCGGUCACACUGGUGGAAUUCAGAAACGGUUUCAAGAAGAAAUUACCGAGGAACAAAUGAAAGAAAUUCAGAAGAUACCAAAACCUUCAAAAGUAAAGCAAGUUUUAAAGUUUGCGGCCAAAGGAGCUGUUCUUGGUGUAGUUGUGUAUUCUGUGUAUAGAUUUAUUGCAUGGACAGGUUUUUAUCAGACAGCAGUGGCUUUUGUUCCAAGUUUUUAGUUUCUUAUUGACUUUUUCUGUUGUUUGUGCCUUAUCUGGGAUAUUUUUCUGAGAAAUUUUUUAAUUUUGUUCUGUUUUUUUUUGUGCAAUAAUACUGGUUUGCUAUGGUAUAAAAGGGGGAUUAAUAAACCAAGUGUAUGUUUAGAAAUAAAAAGCAAAAAUAUUACCAGGGUUUGGCAGAACUGCAUAUAUUGGCUUUAAAGAUUUGCAAGAGAUUUUCUGCACUAAUAAUAAAUUCACUUUUAGUUAAGUGUGUUUUAUUUUGAAAAACUGCGCACAUCCCAUUUUUACCACCCUAUUGCCAUUUUAUCAUUUGUGUGUACAUGUUGAAUGUUAUAAGGUAUUUGUUGUUGUCUUGCAAAGAGUAUUUUGUUCAAUAAAAAGUGUUUGUAAAAGUUAA